AUGCCUUCAGCUUUGAAAGCUCUGAAGCCUCGGAGGAUGACAGGGUUACGUUUUGAUGAUGAGUUGGGAAUGGUGCUACCCGAUAAUAGCGACGAAGAAGCUGAAGAAAGUAAAGAUAUCCAGAAAACUAAGGAUAGAUCAAAAAUUUAUUCUGGUCAUUGCCUACGUCCGUAUCCAGCUGUAAGAGGCCACUGGGCUGUUGAUUAUACAAAAACAUCUGAUGUCAAAUUAAGGAAAUCAGGUAAAAGUUCACUGCGUAUAGUACGCGUUUUGAUUUUACUUAAACAAAUUUUUUCAGUUUCUCACUGUGACCAGGAAGACGCAUAUAAUUUGAAAAUUGUGGAAGGUUAUUGUGACCUAAGUAGAAGUAGUAAAACAACUAAAAAUGAGUCAAGUUCUUAUCAAGGACUUCAUCCUCCACAGCUGAUAGUGGCUGAAGAUGAAAAAAUACUUAUGGAGGAGAUGGUUGGAGAUGAAGUUGUUGUGAAAGAAAGGAGUUUAGUCGAUACUGUUUAUUCAUUGAAGGACCGCAUGAUCAGUAUGCAAAAGGUUAUCUUUGAGGUCUUUAAAUACUGCUGACAUACGACAGCUGGCGGCUACACUAGAAAAGGAGCAGAGGCUGCGUAG